AUGUCCACCGACGAUACUACGCUUCAACAACAACAAAUCGCUGCUGCCAGUACUUGGCAUACACAAUCGGUGGAGUCGGUCAUUGACUCCUUGCAUACGGAUAUCAAGAAAGGCCUGACGGAGGAUGAUGUCAAGACCCGUCAAUCGCAAUACGGCCUGAACGAGCUUGCCACCAACAAUGGAGCAUCGUGGAUCAAGAUCUUGUUGCGACAAGCGAUCGAUAUCAUGAAUUGGAUCUUUGUUGCACUCGGCAUUGUAUGCUAUGUGAUGAGUGAUUACAUCACUGGUACUUUGUUGAUUGCCCUUGGCAUUGCCAAUUUGAUCAUGUGUUUUGCACAAGAAUAUGCGGCUGAACAAACGCUGGCGGCCUUGCGCAAUUUGUCAUCUCCCACAGCCACUGUGUUGCGUGGUGGACACGAGACAACCAUUGCAAGCAAAGAAUUGGUCCCUGGUGAUGUGUUGUUGGUUCAAGAAGGCGAUACGGUUGCUGCUGAUGCUCGAUUGAUUUACAUAUCGAACCUCGAAGUGGAUGAAGCCUUGCUCACGGGUGAAUCCUUGCCUGUUCAAAAGCAGCUUGUGGUGAUUGAUAAUAUUGAUGAGCCGGUCGGUGAUCGGAUCAAUAUGGUGUACAGCUCCACGGUGGUAACCAAGGGACGUGGAAGAGCCAUUGUGACAGCCACAGCCAUGCAAACGGAAAUCGGCAAGGUCGCACAAAAAUUAAAUGAUGCUGGUGAUGCGGAUCGUACAAGACUCCAAACAAGCCUUAAUCGAAUGUACAUUGGCCUCACCGUAUUGGCUGGUAUCUUUGUCAUUAUUGUGUUGGCAAGUGUCAAGUUCCAAACGAAUUAUGAUGUGGGCAUGUACGCCAUGACAACGGCCAUGUCAGUGCUUCCAGCUGGUUUGACUACUGUUCUUACUGUUACGCUUGUCCUUGGUGGUCGACAAAUGUCAAAGCGCAAGGCUCUUGUUCGGAGACUCAAGGUGCUUGAAACGCUUGGAUCAUUGACCAAUAUCUUUUCGGAUAAAACUGGAACAUUGACUUUGGCACGUAUGGUGGUUGUCAGGUUUUGGACCCCUGAUGAAGGCUUUGUGUACAUGACAUCCAACGGCUUGGCUCCAGAGGGAAAUGCUUACAAGGUUGGAUCAGCUGACGAGAUUCCUAAUGACAACGGUGACCAGGAAAAGACCCAUGCUGCUCUUGAUAAGGUGGAUCUCAGCAACACAAUGGAGCAGCUUGUGCAGUGUGCAGCUUUAUGUAAUCUAUCAAGCAUUCGUCGUCGUGAAGAAACCCAACAAGAAAACAACAAGCCAAAGGAGGAAGCAUUGGAUGAGAAGAAGCAAUCGAAAAAGAAGCAUGGCAAUGACGAAGAAGAAGAAGAAGAAGAAGAAGAAGAAGAAGAGGAUAUCGAUUCAUCUGAUGGCUGGAUCCCUAGUGGUGCACCAACCGAAGUGGCAUUGCAAGUAUUCGCACACAAGUUUGAUCGUGGCAAACCAACACUUGAAUCUCAAGGAUGGGAAUUUAUUGAAGAACAUCAAUUUGAUUCAACUGUGAAGCGUAUGGCAACCGUGUAUCAUCAUCAACCUAGCGAACGCUACAUUGCUUUUGUCAAAGGUGCCACCGAACGCAUUCUUCCCUUAUGUACAUCUGGUUUACCCAAGGAUCCUGAUAGGGUGAUGCGUACUGUGGAUGAAUUGGCUUCGCAAGGUCUACGUGUUAUUGCAUUGGCGUGUCGUCGUCUACCCGAUGAUAUCAAACGUGAGCAAGCAAAGGCCAUGAGUCGAGAAGAAGUGGAAUCCGAUUUGGAGUUUCUUGGUUUGACAGGCAUUUAUGAUCCACCACGUGCUGAAUCACGUCAAGCUGUACGCGAAGCCCAUCGUGCUGGUAUCAUGGUGCACAUGUUGACAGGUGAUCAUCCAGCCACUGCUACUGCUAUUGCCAAGGAGAUCCAUAUCCUCAAUGCUCAAGCCAUGAAACAAGUCGAUGAAUUGGUGAUGACAGGUCCACAAUUUGAUGCCUUGUCAGAUGAACAAGUGGAUGCCCUCGAACGUCUUCCUUUGGUGGUGGCUCGUUGCUCUCCCGAGACAAAGGUCAAAAUGAUUGAAGCUGCUCAACGUCGACAACUCAUUUCUGCCAUGACCGGUGAUGGUGUCAACGAUUCUCCUUCCUUGCGCAUUGCUGAUGUGGGUAUCGCCAUGGGCAAGAAUGGCAGCGAUGUGGCCAAACAAGCAUCCGAUAUCAUUCUCACUGAUGAUAACUUUGCCACCAUCAUUCGCGCUGUUGCUGAAGGCCGUCGCAUCUAUCAAAACAUGCAGCGUUUCUUGUUGUACUUUUACAUUGUUCUCUUUGCUGGCGCCGUCUACUUGCUCAUUGGUCUUGCUUUCCGUGAUCCUGAAAAUAGCACAGCUGCACCCAUUUCCACUCUACAAAUGGUGUUUUUCUAUGUUGCUGUUACUCCUCCUGCUGGUCUUUUAAGUUGGCAACCUGCAUCGCCCGAUAUCAUGAAGCAACCACCACGUCCACCUACAGAGAGCUUGUUCAACCGUGAAAUCAUCAUGGAUGCGGUGUUUUAUGCGGUAUUGCUUGGUGCAUUGUGCAUUAUCUCCUUUGUGAUCCCGCUUUACGUGCUAAGCGACGGCUACGGCGUUCAAGGUGUUGGAUGUGAUGGGAAAUACCAACCUGGUCUAUGCGAUCCAUUCUUCCGAGCUCGAUCCACGCUGAUGAUGACUGUCAUUCUUGGUUCCUUUGUUGUCAUGAUGCAUUGUCGUAGCUACCGUGGUGUUGAAUGUGGAUGGAAGGGUAUCAAGGAAACUCUCUUGUCACGUACUCUUCAAUAUACCUUCCUCUUUGACAUGGUGGCUGGUUGUAUAUUCAUGUACGUCCCUGAGGUCAACACCGAAGCAUUCCGUAUCCUUGGUAUCACAUGGGAAUGGGGAAUCGUGGUUGGAUUUGUGCUGCUCUUUGCUAUUGCAGGUGAAGGAUAUAAAUGGAUGAAGCGUCAUUUCCUCAAGCCCCUUGCUUCCCAUCCCGUCGAUGAACUCUUAUUUUAG